AUGACACGUUAUCAGAUAUUAUCUACUGAGUCCAAUGACACUGAUGGUUCUAAAGAUGACAAUGGGCGGGGUGUGGUUGGCUGGGCUCUGGGCUUGAUUAAGAGCUACUGGAAACCUGUACUAUUCAUUUUGUCUGUUGGAUUGAACAUAUUUUUGGGAUAUUAUUUGAAAGAUUUGAAUAAAGAAUCACCAAAAUGUAUACUUUCCAAAGUAAUUAAAGAGAAGCCUCUGGAAAAUGACACUAUCCUGCUAAUAUGGUUGUGGCCAUUUGGAAAUCAUUUUGACCUAAAUUCCUGCAGUUCCAAAUUUAAUAUUGACGGCUGCUACUUAACUGCAGAUAGAGAUCUCUACAGUAAGGCCCAUGGAGUACUUAUUAAUCACAGAGACAUUAAAACUGAUCUGUCUAAUUUACCCACACAACCACGGCCUUUCUUCCAGAAAUGGAUAUGGAUGCACUUCGAGUCUCCACAAAACACGAGACGACUUGAGGGUCUGGAGAACUUGUUUAAUGUGACAAUAAAUUACCGGCGGGAUGCUGACAUUGUCCUUCGUGAGCAAAUAAUGUUUAAAUCUGAUGGUUCUGAAGAUGAGAUAUUCCCACAAGUUCUGGACAAAAAGGACAAGUUAGUUUGCUGGAUUGUGAGCAACUGGAAUGACAACCACAAAAGGGUAAAAUAUUAUAAUGAGCUAAAACAGCACAUCGACAUUUAUGCUCUUGGGCGGCAUUUUGGAAAAGCAAUAGGUGAUGACGAAUACAAGAAAACAUUGACAAGAUGUAAGUUCUAUCUAUCAUUCGAGAACACAGAUGGUCACUAUGACUACAUGACUGAAAAGCUGUUCAAUCCGCUCAAACUAGGAUCAGUCCCAGUGGCUCUUGGGGCUCCACGAUACAUAUAUGAACGCUUUGUGCCAAAAGAUGCUUUCAUUCACAUAGACGAUUUCUCCAGCCCUAAAGAACUAGCUGAACACCUGCUGUCAUUGGACAAAAAUGUUACAGAAUACAAAAAGUAUUUUCUUUGGCGAAAACAUUUUGAUAUAAAGUCUGUUGAUUAUCCUGAAGAGCAUGCAUGCCGCACUUGUCAAUAUAUACGUAACCAUAAAUAUUAUCAGGUUUUUGUAAACCUGAACAAAUGGUACUUUGGUGGCAUCUAAGAUGGUGCCUAAAUAUCAUAAUGCCUUUUCUGUGACAGAAUGAUUUUGCUACUGACAAAAGACUGGAUCAAUGACAAACCACAAAAUGCUCUUGUGAU